UAGCGUCAGUGAUGUCAGGAGAUGUUACGCGGAUAAAUCGCUUUUGUUUCUGUCACAUCUCUAACGCUGAAUAAAUUGACAGGCUGAAUAGAUAAUAAUCGGAGAGGUACUCUAAAUAGGGGAAGUUUAGGAAUGUAUUAAUUUAUUUGUGUUGAAACAAUAGCUAGCUAGCCAUCGUCCUGCUUACCUGUAAUAAGUGGGUUAAAUUAAAGUAGGCUAGUUAGCGUGUGCCUGCCUGUACUGGCUAACUGUACUGUACUGUAUUGUACUGUAUUGUACUGUACUGUAUUGUAUUGGCUUAUUACCGGGUUUAUGACUCUUAUGGCAGCAACAGUUAAAAAUUGAGCUGGAGUAAAACCUGUCAGAGGGAAGCUGUUUUCACUUUGUUGCACUCACUUGACAUUCUGCUGUUCGAAACUGUUUUGUAUGGACUUAAGCAACUGAACACAGGAGGACAGCGAAGUGCUUGUGGCUUCAGGAUGCCUCUGUUCUACAAGAAGAAGAAACCAAGUGUGGAGUCCAGGAAACGCCUGGAGUAUCAGUUGUGCCUGUCUAAAGAAGCCGGAGCAGAUGACAUCCUGGACAUUUCAAACUGUGAGCUUGCAGAGGUGCCAACCAGUGUCUUCUCCAUCUGCAAAGUGCUCCAGAAGAAGGUGCUCAUCCUCUGUGGAAAUGAGCUCAAGACACUGAUGCCUAAAAACUGUGCCAUAAGCACUCUAGCAACUAUAAAGGUUUUGGACCUGCAUGAGAACAAGCUCACUUCACUCCCAGAUGACAUUGGACAGCUUCCAUUUCUCCAGGUGUUGAAUGCAGAAAACAACCAGAUCAAGGCACUUCCAACCUCUAUAGGGGAUCUUCGGAAUCUACAAACGCUGAAUAUGAAAGGGAACUGCCUCCGUGAACUGCCCUCAUCUGUGGGAUGCAUGAGCAGUCUGCGCACCCUGGACCUGAGUGAGAACAGCAUCAGAGAACUGCCCAAAGAGUUGGCCAACGUUCGAACCCUGGAGAGCUUGUCUCUUGAUGCAUGUGUUAUGAAUUACCCACCUGCCUCAGUCUGCACAUCAGGCACAGAAGAAAUCCAGCGCUUUCUCUGCUCAGAACUGGGGUUGGAAUACUGUCCUCCUUCACAGUACCUGCUGCCUGUGUUGGAAAAUGAUAGCAGCAAGCCGAGUCCAGACUGUGUGGAUGGAGAAGACUUAGUCUGGCAGUGCAAAUUUAUGGACUAUGAGAAAAGAAAGGAACAGAAGCAAAUGGAGAAGCUGAACUUUGAGAAGGAGCUGGAAGAGAAACAGAGAGAGCAAACACAGCUCCUUCUUCUUAACAACUCCCGCAAAGAGGGGAUGCUGCUGUCUGUCAAACUGGAGCAGGAGCGUGUAGAGCAGGGAGUCAACCAGCAGCAAAGGUUCCAGGAAGCUGAGAGACAGAAGCUAUUGGAGAAAGUCCGGCAGGCUGAAGCCGGCAUCUCCACCCGUAUCUCCAAUCUGCUGCUGGACAACAAACGUCAAGCAAAAAGUGCUGAAUUUCUGCAGGUGUUAGAGGAAGAUCGAAUUCGAAUGGAGCAACUUACUGCCAUCACACAGGAGGAAGCCAGUUCUCUGAGAAAGAAAGAUGUUGCAGUUGCUAUGCAGACCAUGUUAUCAGAGGGCUACUCACUGAGAUUACUGCAGGAAGCCAGUGAGAACAGGAGACAAAAUAUGGUGUCUGAAGCCUGCAGGAGUAUGGAUACUUUGGACAGGAAGUUUGAGCAGGUCUUGGCUCUACAGCAGCUUGAUAAAAGCAAAGCCAUCAGCCAGAUCCUUCAGGAGGAAGAGAUGCAGAAGGCAGCUUUUGAGGCCUUGCAGCUCCAAAGGGACAGUGUACAUGGCUAUAUUCGUAACCAGAUUAUGCUAAUUGAGGCAGAGUUAAUGCAGCUGACAAAGCUGGAGGUUAAAAGGAGGAAUCUGGAUGCAGAAACCUUGCAGGAGUCACUGGCAGCGCAGAGGACGGCUCUGUCAGAUAUGCUUCAGCAGCUGCUGAAACAAAAGGACCAGAGAGAGAUGGAACUCAAACAGGUUUUGAUGGAAUUGGAGUUGAAGAGUGAUUCCACACAGCAAAACUACUGGAUGAUCCAAUAUCAAAGACUGCUGGAUGCCAAGCCACUGUCUCUGCGCAUGCAGGAAGCUGGUGUAGAUAAGGAGCUGGUGAAGUUGCUGUGUAAGCUUUCGGCUCAGCAUUACCUGCCAGUCAUAGCUCAUCAUCGAAUCACAGCAGAGGCUCUGUGUUACAUGACCACCAAAGACCUCAGCAAGUUGGGGAUCAGUGAAGUAGGAAUACAGAAAGCUCUCCUAAACUGGGCCAGAGAACAACCAUGUUCUCCUAAGAGUUCCCCUACGUUCCAAGAGGAACAAGAACCUGGUCCAUCCAUUCCCCUCACACCGCCGCAACAGCAGCUGACCCCACCUCUGACCCCCAGCACCCCGAUUACCCCUACAGCCCCAAGCCCUAUGGACACACCAGGCACAAACGAGUGUGUGGUGUGUAUGGAGGAUAGGUCCCUGGUGGUCUUCUUGCCAUGUGGUCAUAUAUGCUGCUGCCAGGUCUGCAGUGAUGCUCUGCAGUCAUGCCCACUGUGCCGCAGUUGCAUCUCUCAGCGGAUCCGCCUUUACCAUGGCUAAUACCGUCCAGGACCUGGUCUGACCACUCAUGCACUUUCACAUGUUUAGAAUAUUCCUGCCACUCAUGCUUUUUUUCAUAAUGCAUGAAGUUCUAGGGUGAGAUUCCCAACAAUAAACCAAAAAAACAAGAGUAUUUCCAGUUGAAAAGGAGGCAAGUCAUUUAACUGUAUGCAUUGUGAGAAACAUUGUGAGAAACAAAGAUUCAAAGAUUUUUGUUUAUGAAACUUCUGUAGAUAAUCAAUAGCUUUGGUCCUCAUGUUAUAAAUCUGCACUAUUUUAAUACUUGUGCCUUUUUUAGUCUGCUGUGUGCUUAUCCCAAAAUCCUGACUGUUAUAACAAGAUAAAUGAAGGCUCGUGACUUAUGUCUUAAA